GCCGAGUUUAGGUUCCGAUGAAAAGUUGUAGUAAGGUGCGGCACGACCUCAAGCAAAACUUAAAAGCUCAAUUGAGGCGCAACCAUGGCAGCCAGGACUCUCAGGAUUGGCCUCAUUCCGGGCGAUGGCAUCGGCAAGGAAGUCAUCCCCGCGGGUCGCCGCAUUCUCGAGGCCCUGCCCGCCUCGUUGGGUCUGAAGUUUGAGUUCGUCGACCUCAAGGCCGGGUGGGAAACAUUCGAGCAGACAGGCGUCGCCCUUCCGGAUGAGACCGUCUCCGUUCUCAAAUCCGACUGCGACGGCGCGCUCUUCGGCGCCGUCAGCUCGCCGACCAAGGCCGUCAAGGGCUACUCGUCGCCCAUCGUGGCGCUCCGCAAGAAGCUGGAUCUCUAUGCCAAUGUGCGGCCCGUCAAGACUGUCGUCUCGGCCCCGAAGCCCAUCGACAUGGUUAUCGUGCGCGAGAACACCGAGGACCUGUACGUCAAGGAGGAGAAGACGUUUGACACGCCCGAAGGCAAGGUCGCCGAGGCCGUCAAGCGCAUUUCGCAGCGCGCCAGCAGCCGCAUUGCCACCAUCGCCGGCGAGAUUGCCCUGCGGAGGCAAAAGAUCCGUGCCGGCGGUGCGCCGAGCAUCCACAACGGCCCGCUGGUGACCGUCACGCACAAGUCCAACGUGCUGUCGCAGACCGAUGGGCUGUUCCGCUCCACGGCCCGCGAGGCGCUUGCAGACCCCAAGUUCAAGGACGUCGCCGUCGAGGAGCAGAUCGUCGACUCGAUGGUGUACAAGCUGUUCCGCCAGCCCGAGGCGUACGACGUGAUUGUCGCGCCAAACCUGUACGGUGACAUCCUCUCCGACGGCGCGGCGGCCCUCGUGGGGUCUCUCGGCCUCGUCCCCAGCGCCAAUGUGGGCGAGGGCUUCGCCAUUGGCGAGCCCUGCCAUGGCAGCGCUCCGGACAUUCAGGGCCAGGGCAUUGCCAACCCGAUUGCCACGCUCCGCAGCGCCGCGCUCAUGCUCGAGUUCCUGAAUGAGGAGGCCGCUGCUGCCAAAAUCUAUGCCGCUGUCGACGCCAACCUCGAGGAGGGCAAGCUCCUCAGCCCUGACCUGGGCGGUAAGGCCAAGACGGAGGAGGUAGUGCAGGAUAUCCUCCGCCGGCUUUGAGCCGGAUCAUUUAGGGAUGCCAGAAUCAAAAAGCUAUAAACCGCUCAUUGAUGCUGUGUAUACGCCCCUCUUUCCUUGUACACAACCGGAUGUGAACGAGGAAACGACGAGAGAAGCCUCUCAAGUCUACCAACGCACAACAAUCAAGUAAAACUACUGUAGAAGAACCCGAGUUCGUUCCACAAGGGUGUC